AAAAACUAAAGUGGGCAGGCACAGGGCUACUUGCCACAUCCAUCAUGGCCUAAAUCCUCCAAAAAUGCAGCUGAUCACGUAAAUCUCUCUCUUUCUCUCUCUCUGGCAAAAAGAUUGUGUCAAGAAACCAGCUGUCAUAAAAAUGGACAGGGAAGAGGAGCGCGGAGAAGUUUUGCCGAUCCCGUCGCUUCGUUACCUCCGCUUGCCCACCGAAUUUUUGGAUCUAGCCUGCUUCCCCACCUCCCUCGGAGAUCUCACUCUUCCCUUGGAACCAUUCCAUCUUCCCCCUUUUCUUUCCCUUCUCCCUCCCUCUAAACGAUCAGCAAUAACCUUAACCCCUCCUACUUUGGAGUUCUGUUUCUCCAAGGAGAAAAAAGAAAGAAAGAAAGAAUUAGAAGACAAUGCCAGGGUUAGGAAAGAAUUCCCGGGUGGGGAAGCGCUAUUCGUCUUCGUCGGCGGGUUCGACCUCUUAUUAUGUCACCAUAGUCGUCUUUGUGGCGCUUUGCAUUCUUGGAGUUUGGAUGCUCGCUUCAUCAUCUAUUAUUCCAUCCCGCACGACCACCGCCUUUGCCACCUCCACCGCUUCUAAAUCCCCUCCAUCUCGUGUAUCUCGAAAAGACCCCCCUCAAGUCAUGGAGGAUAGCCCGGAGGAUGGCAUCAAGGGUGAUGACAAGUUGGAUGGGGAGGAUAUGGAUCAAGGAGGAGGGGAUGGAGAGAAGGAGGCUGAAGAAGAUAGCCGAUCCUCUGAAGAAGGAGAUGAAGCCAAAGGAAACCAGCAGGAGGAGCAGCAAAAUGAGGAGAGGGAGGAGGCUAACCAAAGUGAUCAGAAAGAAUAUCGACAGGAGCAAAUGGGUGGAAAUGAGGAGAACCAAGAGCACCGAUCCCAAGUAAGUAAUAAUGAGGGUGAUGGGGAAAAUAGUGGAGACCAGCAAUUAGAGAACCAUAAUUCAGAAGCUGGAAUAGAGGAGAGACAACGACCAGAAUUGCAACAAAAUGAGGAGGAGAUCCAUGAACAGCAGCAAAGGGAGCAUGAUGAGCAGCUACCAGAAAGUGGUGAUGAGGAGAACCAACAAGAAUUCCAGCAGCAGCAGACAGAGAGUGGGAGCGAUGAGAACCAGCAACAAGGCCAGCCUGAGAUUGAUGAGAACCAUGGCCAAAUUCAACAAAAGAUAGACCAAGCAAAUGAUGAGAGCCAAAUACAAUCUGAUGAGAAUAUUGGAGAGCGAAUCGAUCAGAGCCAGCAGCAAUCAGAAGAAAUUAUGGAGGGAACUGAAGAGAACAAGCCACAACCAGAAGAAAACAAGGACGAGGGAACCAAUGAGAACCAGCUGGAACCUGAAGAGAGGACAAAGGAUGGAGCUGAUGAGAACCAAGUACAGAUUGAAGAGCAGUUUCAGAUAGAUAAAAGUAGUGAAAGCCAGCAAGAGCCCCAACAACAACAGAUAGAUGAAGAGAACCCAAUUAGCGCUAGCGAGGGAGAUCAGCAGCGCAGUGAGGAUAAACUUAACGAUCCCAAUGCAAGCGAAUCACUGGAUGGGGCACAAUCAGAGGUGUCGAAUGAGAAAAAUGGUGAGACAAGGCCAUGGGCGACGCAGGCUGACCAUUCUGACACUGAGAAGGAAAGAAGGAAAGGGGAGGAGUUGGAAUCCAAUGAAGGAGGUGACCAAGAGGGGCACAUUGAAUGGAAGCUUUGUAAUGUCAUAGCUGGAACGGACUACAUACCUUGCCUUGACAAUGUUAAGGCCAUCAAAAAGCUCCAUAGCUUCAGGCAUUACCAACAUCGUGAGCGUCACUGCCCUGAGGAAGGCCCUACAUGUCUGGUGCCCCUUCCGGAAGGAUACCGACGACCCAUCAAGUGGCCUGAGAGCAGAGAUAGGAUAUGGUACAGUAAUGUACCUCACACAAAGCUUGCAGAGGUUAAAGGCCACCAAAAUUGGGUGAAAGUUACUGGGGAGCACCUUACUUUUCCAGGAGGAGGAACACAGUUCAUUCAUGGGGCACUUCACUACAUUGAUUUCAUUCAGCAGUCUGUACCUGAUAUUGCUUGGGGAAAGCGUACUCAUGUUAUACUAGAUGUUGGUUGUGGGGUAGCCAGCUUUGGUGGCUAUCUCUUUGAGAGAGAUGUCCUUGCAAUGUCAUUCGCUCCAAAAGAUGAACAUGAAGCUCAAAUUCAAAUGGCACUCGAGCGAGGAAUUCCGGCAAUAUCUGCAGUAAUGGGUUCUCAACGUCUGCCAUUCCCCAGCAAGGUUUUCGAUCUUGUCCAUUGUGCACGUUGUCGUGUCCCAUGGCAUGCAGAUGGUGGUACUCUUCUUUUGGAGCUGAAUCGUGUCUUACGCCCUGGAGGAUAUUUUGUCUGGUCAGCAACACCUGUGUAUCAAAAACUGAAAGAAGAUGUUGAGAUCUGGAAAGCCAUGUCAUCUCUUACGACAUCCAUGUGUUGGGAUCUUUUCACUAUCAAGAAGGACAAACUGAAUUCUGUUGCUGCUGCAAUUUAUCAUAAACCAAUUUCGAAUGAAUGUUAUGACAACAGAAAGCAUCACAGUCCUCCCAUGUGUAAAGAAGACGAUGAUCCAAAUGCAGCUUGGUACAUCCCUCUGAAGGCCUGCAUGCACCGGGUGCCGGUUGAUGCAUCUGAGCGGGGCUCGCGGUGGCCUGAGGAAUGGCCGCAAAGAUUGCAGGUGCCUCCUUACUGGUUAAACAGCUCUCAGAUGGGAGUCUAUGGGAAGCCAGCCCCUAAUGACUUCACGUCGGAUUAUGAACACUGGAAAAGAGUUGUGAAGAAGUCGUAUAUCAAUGGUUUUGGCAUUGAUUGGUCCCAAGUGAGAAAUGUUAUGGACAUGAGAGCUGUUUAUGGAGGGUUUGCUGCUGCACUCAAGGAUCUGAAUGUGUGGGUGAUGAAUGUGGUGAACAUUGAUUCUCCAGACACACUACCAAUUAUCUACGAGCGCGGGCUUUUUGGUAUUUACCAUGACUGGUGUGAAUCAUUCAGUACCUACCCCAGAUCCUAUGACCUCCUGCAUGCUGAUCAUCUGUUUUCGAGGAUCAAAAAGAGAUGCAAAAUCAUGACUGUGAUAGCUGAAGUUGAUAGGAUAUUGAGGCCUGGAGGCAAACUAAUUGUUCGUGAUGAGUCUUCAGUCGUAAGCGAGGUAGAGAACUUAUUGAAGUCGCUGCACUGGGAGGUCCGCUUGACUUUUUCCAAGAACAAAGAAGGAAUACUUUGUUCAGAGAAAUCAGACUGGCGGCCAGAGAAUUUAGUAGAUUCAUCAUGAAUAAAGUUCAUCUUAAUUUCUAUUGUGUCUGAAUUUUGAGCUUAAUUUGCACUUCAUCUGUUCUUUAGCUUUUCAGAUCAUUUUUUUUUCUUUUCAAAACAAUCAUCCUUCCAAGUGUUUGAUAUGUUUUCUUUUCAUCAUUCUGAGAAGUGUAAAUUAUCAAUAUAAAUGAGAUUUGCAUUUAUCCUGGUCA